CGCGAGAGUUGGGUUUGAAAAGCCGCGCCGUUUGAAGCUGAAGAGGGAAGGGGAACAGCAGUGCAGCGAAACGCAGGAUUUUGGUAACCAUGACUGCAGACAACGAGCUGCAGAUAAAGGACGCUUUCCAGCGAGCUCAGAAGGCCCACAACAACAAGGCCAAACUGGUGGCCAGUCUGAAGAACAGAUAUGUUAAGCUUGAAGAUAAAUCUGAGUUCCAUGAGGAGUUCCUUCGCUGUAUGAAGUAUGCUAUGAUAAUCUACACCAGAGAACCGGCUGUGGAGAAUGUGAUCGAUUUUGUUGUGAAGUUCACUGUGAGCUUUGAAACCCCUGUGACUGAAGAAGAGGAAGUGGAGGAUGAUAGUGACGAUGAGGGCUCAUUUCUGAACUUCCUGCUCAACUUCUUGUUGGAGUCUCACACAGCGAGCAGUCAUGCGGUGCGCUUCCGGGUCUGUCAGCUAAUCAAUAAGCUGCUGGGCAGUCUGAGUGAGAACGCUCAGAUCGACGAUGAGAUCUGCGAACGGAUCCACGAGGCCAUGCUGAUCAGAGUGACGGAUAAAUACCCAAACGUCCGGAUUCAGGCAGCGCUUGCAAUGGCUCGCCUGCAGGACCCGAAUGACCCCGAGUGUCCCACCAUUAAAGCUUACAUGCUGCUGUUAGAUAAUGAUUCUAAUGCUGAGGUCCGACGGGCUGUCCUGUCCUGUAUCGCUCCCUCCGCACAAACACUCGCCAAAAUCUACAAACGUACACGAGACGUUAAAGACAAAGUCCGGAAACUGGCCUAUCAGGUGAUGGCUGAGAAAGUGCACAUUCGGGCUUUAACCAUCGCUCAGAGAGUCAGCCUGCUGCAGCAAGGCCUCAAUGACUCAGCAGAUUCUGUAAAGGAGGUUGUGAAACUUAGUUUGCUGCCUGCGUGGCUGAGGUUGCUACAGGAUGAUGUUCUGCAGCUGCUGCACAGGCUGGACGUUGAGAACUGCGCAGACACCGCUGUGUCAGCCCUGCAUGCACUGUUCUCUACAGCAACAAACCCUGAUGACCUCUUACAGCAAGGAGCACAGUUGGAUGAAAGGAAGCUGAUCCCUGUGGAUGCUCUGACGUGUGAGAAUGUGCUGUACUGGAGGUCUCUGUGUGAGUUUGUGAAGGCUAAAGGAGAUGAGGGGGAGGAGUUUCUGGAGAAACUGCUUCCUGAACCUGCCAUUUUCGCAGAGUACCUGUACAGUUAUUUAAAGAGUAUCCCGUUGCUGACGGAGGAGCAGAGGGCCGAUAUGGGUCAGCUGGAGCUGGUGAUGACCAAAGAGUUCAUUGGUCAGCAGCUCAUUCUUCUGGUGGGCUGCUUGGACACAACAGAGGAAGGGGGCAGGAAGCGAGUGUUGACCGUGCUUCAGGAGAUGCUGCUGUUGCCCAACACACCACUGUCUCUGAUUGGUCAGCUGGUGCAGAAGCUGGUGGGAAUUCUCCGUGAUGAUCAGCAGCGUAUUGCAGUGGUGGCUGAGAUUAUCUCUGAUGUGAGGGAGCCCAUGGUGCCGAUUCUGGAGUCUGAAAAUGACAACGAAAAACGCAAGAAACAAGUUAAACUAGCAGAGAUGAAGGUGUGUAUAAUGGAGUGUAAACAGGAGUUGGAGGAGUGUAUCAGUCAUGAGGAUUUUGCGCGAGCGGCCGAGCUGAAGGAGUCAAUUGCCCAGCUGGAGGAGCGCCGGAAAUGCCUGGAGCUAGAGCCUGAUCACACCAAGGAGCAGCGUGUAGAAAAGUCUCAGGUGUCUGGUCCAGAGUGCUCCCGCAUUCUUUCAUCUGUAGAUUUUAUGAAGAAUGAUCCAGAGACUCUGCUAAAGUGCCUGACGAUGUGUUCCGAGCUCCUGAAACAGAUGAACAUCAACCGACGGAUUUGCCCAACCAUCACUGCAAUCAUAGAGUCUCUGAUUCUGCCCAGUGUGUCCAACGCCAACCCUGCUGUGAGAAACAUGGCUGUGGUGUGUUUGGGCACGGUAGCCCUCCACAGCAAAGACCUGGCAAACACACACCUGGUGCUGCUGCUGCAGAUAACACAGCUGGAUGAGCCAAAGAUCAGAAUCAGCGCUCUACGGGCUCUGAUUGACCAACUGCUUCUGAAUGGUCUGAGGAUCCUGCAGGCUAAGCCCUCUGAGCUGCUGGACUCAGACAGGCCGGUGGAGGAGGAGGAGAGUCCUGUGCAGAACAUUCUGAAGAUGCUUUCAGAGUUCCUGGACAGUGAGAUCUGUGAGCUGCGCACUGAGACUGCAGAGGGUUUGGCUAAGCUCAUGUACUGUGGGAGGAUUGUUAGUGCAAAGCUGCUCUCCCGCCUGGUGCUGCUGUGGUACAACCCUGUGACUGAGGAGGACCAAAGGCUGCGCCACUGCCUUGGAGUGUUUCUGCAGCUGUACGCCCGGGAGAGCAGGACUCACCAGGAGUGUGUGGAGGAGAGUUUCCUGCCAACAAUGAGAACUCUGUUUAAUGCUCCUGCCACCUCCCCUCUGUCUGAGAUCGACUCUUCCAACGUAGCUGAACUCUUCAUAGAGCUCACGCGACCCAGCGGCCUGCUGCAACCAGUGCAGGGUGCAAGUGUUCACGAUUCUCUGGCGGUGCGAGUGUGCAACGAGGUUCUGCGGGACCCUGACGCCCCGGAGGUUCGGCUCUACUGCAAAACCCUCGGCAGCCUUGAGAUUAGCAAUGAGCCGGGACCAGCCAAUCAGGAGCUUCAGCAGCUUCUCACAGAGAUAUUGCAGGAGGUGAAGGAUAAGUACUGUGUGAGAGCACUGGAGAAAGUUCUGAAUCAGCUGAAAGGAUCAUCACGCAGUAAAGCUGCAGCUCAGGAUGCAGUCCUCACAGCAGUGGACGACAAUGCCAGCGAAGCUGUGAAUGAAGAUGAGACCAAACCCAAACGGGCCAGGAGAGGUCAGAGGAAGACCACUGCAGCCAAGGUCCCAAAGAAGAGUGAGUUGAAAGGUCAUUCUGAUGAAAGUGAUGAAGAGAACGUUCCAGAAACUCCUCCUCCGUCAGUUCGGCCCAGCCGUCGGGCUAAAGCUGCUGCUCUGGACAAAACCAAGCAGGACCUGACUCUCCUCAUGAACAGAGAGGCCAGCUCCUAGAUCUGCAGACUAAAAACAACAGACCCAUUCCUCGCUCUCUCGCUCUCUAAUACUCACUCUCUAAUACUCGCUCGCUCUCUCACAAACAUUGUAUUAACUUUACAAUAUAUGUUCUGUGUGUUAUUUUAGUGUAAAUUCUAAAAGGUCACCCAUUGGCCGUUUCAGACUUUUUUUUUUUCCUUUUUUUUUUUCCUGUAUCAAUAAACAAAUGUUUUCUUCUGAGAAA